AUAUCAUUCGUGACGGGAUCUUGCUUACCGCGAUUUUUCUUAUUUUCUUGCUAUGGUCAGAGUCAAAAACAACGGAACAGAAAUUUGAAACAUCAAAUCGAAGGGAUUGGAUCGAUCAUUUUUUAAUUGCAACAGUUCCAACCUCUGAUGCUAGAUUGUCUUCCCAAUUUCAGUUGAAACCUCUCAAACUCGGUGGCUUCCAGAUCUAACAAUCACUACAUUUUCCAUCGAAGCGAUGAUAACCAUUCCGUAUCUGACCGCUUUGACCACAUACUUCAGCUAUGGAUUGCUCUUCGCUUUUGGCCAAUUCCGCGAUUUUUUCAGGAAAAUUUUCGAUUGGUGGCACGACAGCAAUCUUCAGGGUUACGCGCCGAUCUGUUUAGGGCUUGAAGAUUUCUACAUUCGACGUCUCUAUCUUCGAAUUCAGGACUGUUUUGGACGACCCAUAUCAAGUGCUCCUGAUGCUUUUAUUGAUGUGGUCGAGCGUUACUCCAAUGACAAUAAUAAGACAUUAAAACGAACUACAAAGAUAACUAGGUGUCUUAACUUGGGAUCAUACAAUUACCUCGGCUUUGCUGCAGCUGAUGAAUAUUGCACGCCAAGGGUUAUUGAUACAUUGAAUAGGUUCUCUGCAAGUACUUGUAGUACUCGUGUUGAUGGAGGAACUACAACAGUGCACACUAAAUUGGAGGAGUGCGUUGCAAACUUUGUUGGAAAGCCAGCUGCCAUUGUCUUUGGCAUGGGCUAUGCGACAAACUCUGCUAUCCUUCCUGUCCUGAUUGGGAAAGGAGGAUUGAUAAUUAGUGAUUCUUUGAACCACAACUCAAUUGUAAAUGGUGCUCGCGGAUCGGGAGCUACAAUUCGAGUUUUCCAGCAUAACACACCAUCUCACUUGGAGAAAGUAUUGAGAGAACAAAUUGCCGAGGGUCAACCUAGGACGCAUAGGCCUUGGAAGAAGAUAAUUGUCAUUGUUGAGGGUAUUUAUAGUAUGGAAGGGGAACUCUGCAAACUUCCAGAGAUUGUUGCUAUAUGCAAGAAAUAUAAGGCAUAUGUUUACUUGGAUGAGGCUCACAGCAUUGGAGCUGUUGGAAAAACAGGACGAGGUGUUUGUGAAUUGUUAGGAGUCGAUACUGCUGAUGUGGAUAUUAUGAUGGGAACUUUCACAAAAUCAUUUGGAUCAUGUGGUGGUUAUAUUGCUGGAUCCAAGGAGGUUAUACAAUAUCUCAAGUACACUUGUCCAGCACAUCUAUAUGCGACAUCCAUAUCACCUCCAGCUGCACAACAAAUUAUAUCUUCCAUUGAGGUGCUGCUUGGAGAGGAUGGUUCCAGUAGAGGGGCUCAAAAACUUGCAAGAAUACGUGAAAACAGCAACUUUUUCAGGUCAGAACUGCAGAAGAUGGGUUUUGAGGUCCUAGGAGACAAUGAUUCUCCCGUCAUGCCCAUAAUGCUCUACAAUCCUGCAAAAAUCCCUGCAUUUUCUCGGGAGUGUUUAAGACAGAACGUAGCUGUUGUUACAGUUGCUUUUCCAGCUACCCCUCUACUUCUAGCCAGGGCUCGUAUUUGCAUAUCUGCCUCUCAUACCAAGGAAGACCUUCUCAAAGCUUUAGAGGUUAUUAGCACGGUAGGUGAUCUCGUGGGCAUAAAGUACUUCCCUGCUGAACCGAACAAGCAGCAUCAGGAGCAAAGCACAAUGAAGUUGGAGUGAGAAUUUGAAUUCCAUUUUAAUGUGUAGUGUCUAGAAGAAGCUGUAGGCUUGGUUUGAGCGUCAAGUAGUUUACUCGUCUAUUAUUUCCAAAUCCUCUGAGAAUCAGGGAAUGUUGUAGUUGUCUAGCCUUUCAUGAGUGAGCAUUCAGAAUUGUCUGGCUUAUUUUUGUAUCUUCCUCGUAUGUAAUCUUCUAUUGGGUUUGGAUUUGGCAACUCGGUGUACAGAUAAACGUAAUUCAUUUAAUUCACAAGUGAUUUUUCUUUUUCCA